AAGAAACAUGGCUGCCUACUGUUCACCGACGGUACUUUUAUUUACGUUUCGUUUGCUAUCUGUUUUAAGACAGACAGAGGGGAAAAGAGCCAGUGUCAGAAGCUACAUUGUGUAACAAUUCAGUCGUUAGAGUUUCGAUAAGAAGACGCCAUUUUUCCAGUUGUAGUGACUGAGCGUUACCGUUACCGACAGCCUGAUUUCUUUUUCAUUUUUGCUGAGCUGUCAAGCUGCUCAUCGGUGUCGGACGCGUUAGGACAGCAAUUGAUUUGCCUUUGUUAUCGUGCUAAGCUAGCUAAACAACAUAACCGCGAGUCCAACGCAUAUAUGCCACAUCCGGUAAUUGUCGCUAUGUUUAGCCCCGUGGAGUCUUCUUAUUUCAGAGUCAGCCCGGCCAGUGUCAACAGAGAACUCGGCAAAACCAAGAUGAGAUAGCAAGAGUGCCUAUCAGAUUGCUAGCACAUGAUUUAGCUACUACUAGGAAGAGCCCCAGCAAAACUCAGAGAAAACGGAUUUAAUCACUCAAACAGCAUGUUUGGGAAUCUUUUCGAGGAGGAGGAAGGCCUCUCCUCGACUUCUUUUAGGGGGAGAGUUGCAAAGGGGGGAGACGAGCCACCUCCACCCCGAGGAAGAAGCAAUCUGUGCGGCAUCAAGAACCAGGGGGGGACCUGCUACCUCAACUCUCUGCUCCAGACCUUGCUGUUCACCCCAGAGUUCAGAGAGGAGCUGUUCAGUUUAGGGCCAGAGCAAUUAGGAUGCCUAGAAGACAAAGAGAAACCAGGGGCCAAAGUCAGAGUGAUCCCACUGGAGCUACAGAGACUGUUUGCCAGUCUGCUGCUGGUGGACCAGCAGAGUGCCUCCACCGCUGACCUCACCAACAGCUUUGGCUGGAACAGCAGCGAGGGAACAAAUCAGCAUGAUGUGCAGGAGCUGAACAGGAUUCUGUUCAGUGCAUUGGAGCACUCUCUUGUGGGCACCACUGGCAGUACAUUUAUCCACCAGCUGUAUCAUGGGACCAUUGUCAACAGCAUCGUCUGCAAGGAGUGUGGUAACGUCAGCCAGAGACAGGAGGACUUCCUGGACCUGACGGUGUGUGUUUGUGGCGUGUCUAGCCUGGAGGAGGCUUUGUGGAAAAUGUUUGUGGAGGAAGAGUUGUUUGAGGGCAAUAACCUGUACCGCUGUGCAAAGUGUGACAGGCUGGUCACUGCUGCCAAGUCUGCCAAGCUGAAGAAGCUUCCUCCAUUCAUGACCAUGUCUUUGCUGAGAUUCAGCUUUGACUUUGCCAAAUGUGAGCGAUACAAGGAGACGGGACGCUACUGUUUUCCCUUAACCAUCAACCUACGGCCAUUUUGUGAAGAGGCCGAUGGAGACAACUCUGAUUACUCCUACGAGCUGUUCUCUGUGAUCAUCCAUAAGGGUGGUUGCUAUGGUGGCCAUUACCAUGUUUAUAUCAGGGACAUUGACCAGCUUGGCCAUUGGGAGCCGCCGGAGGAGGAAUGCAAACCCAAGACUCAGAAGAAAGUCAAGGAGGAGGUCAAGCAAAUAUGUGAGCCAAAACUACAAGAAGAUGACCCUUUGUCUGUCAUCACUGCUAUUAUUGCCCAGGAGCCAUCAAAGAGUGUCCUGUUGGACCAGCUGGGACAGAAACUCAUGGAUAAGAUUGGUUCAUCCUGGAGCAAAAAGUUCAGAAAACACUAUGGACCCAUAGGAAAGUUCCUACAGUCCCACAGUGAUGUUUUCAUGUUGGUGUCCAAUGGUACUCGAGUGGCAGUGAAGGCAAGCCCGGUGAAUGACCCCCUCGGCUCAGCAGAGCAGACCACUAACUCUGAUCCUUCAACACCUUCGGACCCCGGAGCUGCUGACCCACAGCCAGGACUAGACCAGAAGCCAGAGCCUGAACAAAAGCAGGGUAGCCACUGGUUUGAUCUUAAUGACUCCACAGUGACCUCCAUCAGGGAGUCUGACAUAGAGAAGCAGUUCCAGGGCAAAGAGAGCGCUUACAUGCUGUUCUACAGAAAAACACAGCUGCACAGACCCAGUGAAGCUCUGAACAAUCCCAAAUAUAAAGUUCCUCUUAACCUCAUCCAGAUGGCUCAGGAGGAGAAUGUCAAAGUGCAGAAAAUGCGCGAGGAGUUUGAAGCCACUAAUAACACAGUCGAGCUGCGUCUACACCUGGCACCCUCUUUUAGGCUAGAAAAUGGAGCGCUGCAACCAAUCGGCAAAGAGCAGGACGGAAGCACCACUCUGAGUUUUGACCGUAGAAAGACUGUGGGAGAUCUUCGAUUGGCAAUUUACCAGAUGCAAGAACUCUGGGAAGGCGAUAUGGCUCUGACUGUAGCCAGGAGCCUUCCUGCAGGUCUACACCUCUACAAUACGCUUACAGAUGACAGUGUCUCCCUGUACAGUGCAGGCAUUUGUACAAACUCUGAACUGUUUGUGUGGAACGGCAGAGAGGUGCGUGGUGCGACUGUCCUAACUGGAGCAGAGUGGGAGCCAGUCCUGCUGAAUGUAGUCCGUCCCUUUUUGGGGGAAGAUGGGGAUCAGGAGGAGGAGGUUGGGGUGAAGUGUGAGGAGGCAAGAGGAGGUUUUGAAAAUGGGGGCCUAGGGCUUAAAAGGGAGGCCCGAGGGUUUGCAGGUGCUGCGACUCUUGGGGAGGUGAGGGAGGCACUGGGGGAGCCUGAGGAGAGUCUGCUGUGCCAGGAGCAUAAGGGAGGAAAGAGAGGAGAGCAUGGGGCAGGGGAGGGAGGAGGAGCAAGUGGAUGGAGGGUGUUCCCCCCCGAUGACAUGCAACGGACGCUCAAGGAGCUGUCGCUGAAAGACGGAGACGCGCUGUUGGUGCUGGAGCCACAGUCUUUCGACAGCAGCGUGUUCACUCUAAACGGAGACGUUGUCACUGUGACUACACCGUCUGACUGCCGCUGGCUCCAGGUGGAGUUUUCACCACGUGGAGGAGGAGUAGAAGGGGAUAAAGAAGAGGAGAGGAGGAAGAUCAAGGUUCCAGCUACAGGAAAUAUGCUGCUGUGUGAGGUGAAACAGAGGGCCAUAGAUGAGCUGCAACUACAGGAGCAACUCUCAGGUGCACAGUACUGUCUGAGACAGGUGGACUGCAUAGGGAAACUCCUUCCUCCAGUGUGUGAGGAGUUGAGUGUUCGCGAUGCAGGGGUGCGACUCAUGACCACACUGACUCUCUGUCCGGGAAAUGCCCCCAAGGCAUCACAGCUUUUCUUGCACUUCUCUGUGGGCACAGAGCCCUCUGCUGGCAUGGAGAUGGACAUCAUUGUGGAGAAAACAUGUACUGUCAAAGAGUGUCUAAAGGAAAUGCUGGAUGCUGUUGGACUUGAUGGCACCUGUUGGCACUUAAGGAGGCUUGAUUGGUGUGAGGAGGUUGGAGAGCCAAUUAUGGAUGAGGAUGCUUCUCUGUCAGAGCUGAAGAUAAACAAUGGAGAGACAUUAGUCGUCACAGAAGGACAACUUCCUCCGAAGGGUUUUCUCAAGUUAUUUGUGUGGCUGUAUCUGGAUCCCAGAAAUAACUCCGCACUUUCCAUGGAUUUUAAUCACACUGACAACGGCCUCACUGAGGAGCAAAUGCUGGAGGUUGUGACUGCAGGCGAAACGCACGGUCACUCUCCUCCUCUGGGUGCCAGCAACAUAGCAGAGCUGAGAAAUGCAGGACAGGUGGAGAUAUCAGAUGAAGCCACGCUGGAGGAUCUCAAGAUUCAGGUGUUGACGCUGCCUGCCCUUCAGGAUGUGUGUGCGCCGACCACUGCGUUCAUGCGCGUGUGGCAGCUUGAGGGACGGAGGCUGGCACGUAUCCUCAGAGGACAACAGCUCACUCUCAAAAAAUUAAAGCUGACCAGUGGCACAGACCUUUGUGUGCAACAGCUACUAAAAGAAGAAGAUCUUGGUCCAAAAGAUGUGAUGCUGAAUGUUAAAAUGGGAGUACCAGGGGAGAGGCGUUACUACCCUCCAGAGGAGCUGGUUUGGGAUGCAACCCGUGACUCUUCUCCUCGCUCUCUACGCACUUGUCUGGCUGCACAUUACGGCCUCUCCCCUGACUCUCUGCUGUUGGCCAAACACCAGCCAGACAAACACACCUGGGAGGAAAUAUCAAACUGGAGCCAGCAGGUUUACAAAAAGAAAAAGAAGAAAAAGGCAGAAUCCCUACUGGGAACACCAUUUCACCUAAAAGAUGGUGACACAAUCGGCAUCAAGAAUCUUUUGAUUGACAACAACAGGGACUUCCUCACCCUGGAGGAUGAACGGGACCAGCAGAGGCUCAGAGAGCAGGCAGAGCAGCAGAGGAAAGGAGGGCAGGCUGCAGGCUCUGCUGGUGUUGGACCACAGAAGAAGACUGGACCGACCAAAUCCAGGAAACCAGAAGUAGCGCUGUCAAUCGACGUUGGGGUAUUCAGAUAGCACCCUGCUCCCAGGGGUGCGUGGACAAAUGAGAACUACCACAUAGCACACAUACACAGAUGCCAUGAUGCGAUUAGGACAAUCCACUUGACGUCAGCCAUUUAUUUCCUCAUCUUUCAAAACUGACUAAAUGCGGACUCUUUUGUUGACAGAAAGAGAAGGAAGUUCAUGUUGGCAAUUUGAUUUGCUAUUUUGUAACAACUGACUAUUUGCGUUUAUAUCUUUUUUAACAUGUUUGUCUUGCUUCCUCUCUACAAUGUUUUUAAAUUACAACCACCGCAUGCCCUUUUAUUUCAACAUUAUGCAUAAUGCUUGUUUUUUUUUCUUUUUUUUUCUUCUUUUUCUGAGGCUUGUUUGACGACAGUGUGGCCUGCCUGGAUCAGUAGCUAAUUUGUAACAUUAUACUGAAAGUAUGAGCCCAGAAAAAACUUUCUUCUUAAAUUUAUUGUUAUUGCAGGCUGGCACUUAUUGACGUUUCUAUCUCAUUACUGUUUUGUAUAAACUAUAGCAAUCAGGGUGAAGAACAUACUUGUGGCCACCAGCCAGUGGCUUUAACAUUUUGACUUUGUUUAAUGUUUAAUAAGUUGUCCUGUACAACAAGCCACUAUAGUAGGAUAUCUAAUGUGUUUUAAGUGAUGCUCAUUUUUAUGAUAAACCUGUCACUGUGCGGUGAGAACAACAAAGUUUAUCUGGUUCAUGGGCUUGUUUUAGGUUGAUAAAGGAGAGGAGAGAUAGGCCUUAAUGUGGAGAAGCCUUGGUGCUGCUCUGCCCUUUCCUACCUCACUCUCUACCUCUCUUAUUCUACCUCUGCUGCCCUGUUCUGUUAGUCAACUACAGUCUAAAGUAUUUCAGUAAUGCUAUAAUUUGGCUCUUUGCAUUUUCAACUUAGGGUGUGACAUCACACAUUAAGUCUGAUGAGCAUUUGUUUAUCCCCCCCCCCUUAGAGAAAAUCAAAGCACACUGUCUUCUUUUUCCCCAAAGUCUAUCAUCAGUCAAACAUCAUUGUGUGUUAUGUAACCAUCUAUGAUGCCAGAUGAAUUUGCUGCUCACUGCUGCUUCAGAAAUAUACUGUAAAACAUUCAAAUCCUUUCUGCCACCGUUUUUCUUGAUUAUGUAAAAGUAAAGAUCCACGAGUUGCUCCAUGAGUUUUCAUUGUGGAACAUUUCAUUUUUCAUCUGCAUGCACUAUAUGUGAACUUCAGGGAAGUAUAAAGCAUUCUUAUUGAUAAUUUAUUUGAAAAAGGUUACAAAAUAAUUGUUACUGUAAAUUGUGAUUUUCUUUUUUUUUUUUUUUUUUUUUUUUUUUAAUUAAGGGGAAAUCUGAAUUUAUCAUUUACACCCUGCUUGCAGGUUUUGUUUCAUGUAUAAAUCUGGCCUUAAAUAGUGCCAAGAAUUUGCAAGCAGGACAUUUUUUUGACAAUAUACUUAUCAAUAGUGUCAUUUCCUUUUUGUAUCAUUUACUAGUUAUUGAUUACAUGUUCAGUGUUAUUGAUAAGGAAUGCUAUACUGUAUAUGACAGUGGACAUCUGUUUGUAUCUGUAAAAUUGUUUCUGCAGGAAAUAAUUUACCAACAAUAAAGGUAUACAGUUGUAACUGUCAUGUCAUGUAAACUAGGCUGAAGCUGACCACUGUUAGUUUGAUACUGAUUCUAACAGCUUCCUAGCCGUUCUAGCGGCAUGGCUCUAUUAAUGGCAGUGUUGUUUUGGUACAGGCAUUCAUAGUUCCCAUAUCAUAAAUCCUAAUGAAUUUGGUGAUUCCCGGACUUUUCCUUGAGCAUCACCCUGUGGUUGA